CUAGACUGAAAAAAACAUUUUCAUCCACCAUGUUACAAACAAGGAAGGUGACCAACGCGCCGAAGAAGGUGCACAAGAAAUGCGUGACAAUGAGUGACAAUGCCCGGGAAAACCUGGAUGGGAUGGAAUUUAGCCCGUCCCAGUGUAUGGAGGCCCCAGUCCGAUGCUGUGGGGUCAUCGCACACCAGGAAAACCCCUACAUGCUCCGAGGAAAGAACAACUCUGGUGAGAAAAAUGAGAAGAAGGUACUGGGUUUAAAGGUGCGCAACAUCCAUCAUCAAAACAAGGUUAAUGGCGAAACAGUGGAAGUGCUACCCUCAGUGUACAUAGCUAAAAUGAUGAGAGAGAAAAGUCAUAAGGCUACCAAGAUUCCCCUAACUCUCUCAGGACCAGGACACACUCCCAGCAGCACAG